UAUUUUUAUGGCAACAAAUAUCAUUUUUGAUACUAAAAGUAGUUGUAAUGCGGACUCACUUAACUGUAUAUUUGUGAUUCAUCAAAUCAAACGGUGUCCGUGAUUAUCAAAUGAAUAAUUAUUAGACGAGCGGUGCUCCGAUGUAAGGGGAAAAAGGAAAGAACUAUUUACCAUUUGAUGGCCGUUCACCCAUUUUCCCUACAUUCCACUUCUUGGCAUCCUUCUCAAUUCUGCGAUUUCGAUCGAUCCCACAUUUCCAAAACCCUAAUCAAAAAGUUCCUACCAAGCCUAAGAUUCAACCUUUUCACUGAAACCUAGGUGUAAUUUCUCUCUCUCUCUGGCGCACACUCACACCCCACCUGUGAGCGCGAAGUUGUUUAUUGCAAGCUUCAAUCUCUAUGCUUACAGUAUAAUUGUUUCGGGGACGUAAGUGCAGCAAGGGAUUAGCUUCGAUAUGGAGUUUGAACCGUUGGGAAUAGGAAGCGAGGUGAUGGAAUUCGAUAUGGUGGCGCUGGACGAAGACGCCAUCGACAUUGUGCACCCGGUUGACGACGACGACAGCUUCGUCAUUGAGAGUUCUUACGGAAGUGGCGGCGCUGGAAGCAGCAGCGAGAUUUCGAUUCCUGAAGGGGACAUGAACCUUGAGCCCCACCAGGGCAUGGAGUUCGAGUCGGAGGAGGCCGCCAAGGCCUUCUACAACUCGUAUGCCCGGCGAGUAGGAUUCAGCACCCGCAUCAGCAUGUCCCGGAGGUCCAGGCGUGACGGUGCUAUCAUCCAGAGAUCGUUUGUGUGCGCCAAAGAAGGGUAUCGCGCCGAGAGGGAGAAUCAGGGUGGCGAUAGUGCUAGGGCAAAGCGUGCCCGUCUUGAUUAUAGGGUUGGCUGCAAGGCCAUGCUGGUUGUCAAGGUUCAGGAUUCUGGCAGGUGGGUUGUUUCUGGGUUUGUCAGGGAACAUAAUCACGAACUGGUCCCGCCAGACCAGGUGCAUUGCCUCCGCUCCCAUCGCCAUGUGUCUGGCUCUGCAAAGGCCUUGAUUGAUACCUUGCAGGGGGCUGGUAUUGGUCCCAGUGGAAUUAUGUCUGCACUGAUCAAGGAAUAUGGAGGAAUUAGCAAUGUGGGUUUCACAGAACGAGACUGUAGGAAUUACAUGAGAAGCAAUAGGCAGAGGACUCUAGGAGGAGACACCCAGGUGCUCUUGGACUACUUGAGGCAGAAACAGUCUGAGAAUCCGGCAUUUUUUUACGCUGUGCAAGGAGACGAAGAUCAGUGCAUGACUAAUGUCUUCUGGGCUGAGGCAAAAGCAAGGACUGAUUAUAGCUAUUUUGGUGAUACUGUUACAUUUGACACCACUUACAGGUCCAACCGGUAUCGAUUGCCUUUUGCACCUUUCACUGGUGUGAACCAUCAUGGGCAACCUGUGUUGUUUGGCUGUGCCCUUUUGGUAAAUGAAUCUGAGGCAUCAUUCAUCUGGCUAUUCAGAACAUGGCUUGAGGCGAUGGGUGGCUGCCCUCCAGCUUCAAUCACCACCGAUCAUGAUCGAGUCAUUCGUUUAGCUAUUAAAGAAGUUUUUCCUGGGACUCGUCACCGUUUUUGCAAAUGGCACAUCUUUAAGGAGUGCCAGGAGAAGUUGCCCCAAGUGCUCUCUGAACAUCUCAGUUUUGAAGCUGAGCUCCAUAAAUGUGUAAACCUCUCUGAAUCUGUUGAAGAGUUUGAAUCUUGUUGGUUGUCACUGGUUAAUAGAUAUAAUCUACAGGAAAAUGAGUGGCUUCAAACUAUUUAUGUUGAUCGCUGGCAGUGGGUUCCAGUUUACUUGAGGGACACAUUCUUUGCAGAAAUGUCUAUAACACAACGUAGCGAUAACAUGAAUUCUUACUUUGAUGGAUAUGUAAAUGCAUCAACUACUCUGCAGCUGUUUGUUAAACAGUAUGAGAAGGCUUUGGAGAGUCGGUAUGCGAAAGAGGUAAAAGCUGAUUAUGAUACAUUGAACACUGCUCCAGUUUUAAAUACACCAUCUCCAAUGGAAAAACAAGCUGCUGCAGCCUAUACAAAGAAACUGUUUAUGAAGUUCCAGGAAGAGUUAGUGGAGACACUUGCUUUCUUGGCAAACAAAGUUGAGGAUGAGGAGGCAACCAUCACUUAUCAAGUUGCUAAGUUUGGAGAAAAUCAUAAACCUUUCUUUGUCAAGUUAAAUCUGAAAGAGAUGAAAGCAGCCUGUAGCUGUCAGAUGUUUGAGUUCUCUGGACUUCUUUGUAGCCAUAUAUUGACAGUAUUUAGAGUGAGAAAUGUUCUCACUUUGCCAUCUCACUAUAUCUUAAAACGUUGGACAAGAAACGCCAAAAGUGGGGUUACAUUGGAGGAUCACACCUGUGAAUUUUUGCAUGGUUCUCAGGAUUGUCUGACAGUCAGAUACAACAAUCUUCGUCAUGAGGCCCUCAAAUAUGUUGAUGAAGGUGUGAAGACUGUUGAAACUUACAAGGUGGCUAUGGAUGCUUUAAGGGAAGCUGCAAAUAAAGUUACACUUGCCGUAAAUAAUGGUGAGAAGGUUAUUCAUGUUAAAGAAACUAGGAAGGAAGUUCAUCUUACUCAUAGAAGUCACGAUGAUACUGGUGGGUUUCACCAACGGCUUUCCGAGCAACCUCUCACUGAGGGGGAGCAGGACAGGAAGAUACAGAAGCUAACCCGGCAACUGGAUCGCGCACACUGGAAAUGUGAAGUCUACCGGGCCAAUUUAAUCUCAGUUUUGAAAGACAUUGAGCAGCAGAAGUUACAGCUGACAGUUCAAGUUCAAAGUGUAAAGUUAGGCAUGAAAAGCUAAUCAUAGGAUUUGGAUACAUCAAUCAAAAUGACACUGUCAAUUACCCCCCACCCCCCAAGAAUUUUUCCCAGGCAACUAAAGUGAAAUUGGAUUGCCGACAUAAUGGUUAACUACCAAACUUAUGGAUUUGUACACAGCUGCUUUGCCA